AUGCAGCAGCGCAAUCUGAAACCGUGUUGUGGAAACCGAGCUGCCAUUGCCAGGACCGCUGCUGUAGGCACCUCCCUGCGUGCCUGCCUGCCUGAGCGCCCUCCUGGUCAAACUUGGCGAGGAGGGGAAGACGAAGACGCGUCCGUGCGCCGAGUCUGGUCGCAUCGCAUUUGCCCCUGCUUUGCUUUCGCCCGCAGCAGGCGUCGGUCGGGCCCUCCCUAGCCCGUGCCUGCGCGCGCCGCGGCGGGCCACCGGGGCGGCGAUGGAUAUGGAGAUGGAGAUGGAGAUGGAGGACGCCGCGGUGCCGGCGCUGGCGGUGGUGGACGCGCGGUUCUGCGCGGCGGACGUGGCGACGCUGGCCGUGGCCAAGGCGCUGAGCAUGUCCGGCAGCGACUUCGCCGUCACGGACGCGGCCACGGGCGCGCUCGUGCUGCGCGUCGACGGCGUGCUCUUCAGCCUGCGCCGGCGCUGCGUCCUCGUCGACGCCGACCGACGCCCCGUCCUCACCGUCCAAGAAUCGGCGUUGAUGCUGAACACGCGGUGGAAGGUGUUCCGGGGCGACAGCACCAGGCGGCGGGAUCUCAUGUUCACCGUGGUGAAGCCGUCCGUGAUCCAGCUGCGAGGGUCCACCAAGGUCAGCGUCUUCCUCGCCAGCAACGACGCCGAGCAGGCCUGCGACUUCCGCAUCACCGGGAGCUACCACGACGGCGCCUGCGCCGUCACCCUCGGCGACUCCGACACCGUCAUCGCCAAGAUCGACCGGCGGUUCAGCGUGGUGAGCGCGCUGCUGGGGAAGAACUCGUACAGCGUCACCGUCAACCCGGGCAUCGACUACGCCUUCGUCGUCGCGCUCGUCGUCAUCCUCGACGAGAUGCAUUUCCAGCGAUGACACGCAUGUACGAUUCAGUUUUGGUUCCAGUUCCAGGCCCGCCCGCCGCGCGCCUUCACUUGUGCUGCUCCUUUGAAUUUUUUGUGUUGUCCUGAUCGGUCUAUGCAAUGCAAUACAGUACGGAGAGUGUAGUAAUUUUGACGUUAUUAAUGUUGCUUCAUUUGAGGUUUUCUUGUGGCCUUGUGUUGUGAAUGGUGUGCCUUUGACAAGGUUGACACAACGAAAGUACGAUUUGA